UGAUCAUUUUUUUUUCAGUGAUUGUUAAUUUGUUGAGAAUUAAAUAUCAGAACAAUGGCUAAUCAAGAUGCCUACAUUGCUGCUCUUGAAAGCAAGCUGGCUGAGCUUUCUGGCAUUGAAGUUGAUCAAAUAAGGAAGAAUCAGCUGGCUAAUGCGGCUGAUGAGGCGCGCAGCAUCCAACAGAUGGCUGAAUAUGUGGCAGGCAUCACCGUCCAGCAGGUGGCUGUUGCUGCCCAGCCUUCAGUGCUUCAUCCUCAGAUUGACCUCAUCUUUGAUCACAUCAAGGCUGAACUUGGGGAAAACAAGGGAGAGCAUGCGCUGCCACCUCUGCAGUAUGACUACAAGGGCCUGGAGCCCCACAUCUCUGGCCUCAUCAUGGAGAUCCACCACACCAAGCACCACCAAGGCUACAUUAACAACCUUAAGGCUGCUGCUGCUAAGCUGGACGAGGCUCGCGCAAAGAACGACAUCGCGGCGUGCAAUGCGCUCUUCCCCGCACUCAAGUUCAACGGUGGAGGUCACCUCAACCACACCAUCUUCUGGACCAACAUGGCGCCCAACCCCACCGGCACCCCCACCCAGCCCACAGGCGACCUGCUCGCAGCCAUCGACGCCAAGUUCGGCUCCUUCCAGAACUUCCAGAGCGAGUUCAGCACAGCUAGCGUGGGGGUGAAGGGGUCGGGUUGGGGGUGGCUGGGCUACUGCCCCGUCAAGGAUGAGGUCGCCGUGGCCACCUGCCAGAACCAGGACCCCCUGCAGCUCACUACCGGUUUGGUGCCGCUGCUGGGGCUGGACGUGUGGGAGCACGCCUUCUACCUGCAGUACAAGAACCUGCGUCCUGACUACGUCAAGGCUUUCUUCAACGUCAUCAACUGGGACAACGUGGCUGCCCGCUACGCCAAGGCGAGGACUGACGCUGGACAUUGAAGACAAAUCAAAAGAAGCCAUGACCGGAGUGGCCUGCUAAUUCAAGUUUUUUCUAGACUGUAGUGAUUCUGAUGGCACUCUUGGCGGGGUACCUGUGGAUGCAAACUAGCGCUUCAUGAUCAUUUAAGUCGACGGAAAAGAAAUUCAUAGCUGCACUCCUGUCAUGACUAUUGGAAAAUC